AUGGACCUUCUUCGACUUGUGUCGGAGGAAGCAUGGGAAGCUGUGAUCGAGAAGUUGGCCGAAGAUCCACCAGAGGACCUGACUUUAAUGGACGAAGAGGGGGACACGGUAUUCACCAUGGCUUGCUACGCAGGGAAUUUGUCGGUGGUGUUGAUGCUGUUGGAGAACGCGAACGUGGAAUCGUUUAUCAACAUUGCGAACCAUAAAGGCUUCACAGGUCUCAUGUGCGCGUGCGAGCAAGGUCACGAUGAUGUCGUCGAACGCAUGCUCGAAAACUCUGCACUCGACGUCAACGUUGCCGAUAACGACGGAAUGACGGCGCUCAUGCACGCAACGCGAAAUCGCCAUGUUGCAGUCGUGUCUUUAAUCUUGCAGCUUCCACAUAUGCACGUGAACUCGUUCGACUCGUCGCAAACGUCUGCCUUCGUCCAUGGAUGCAAAGCAGGCGAUGCCGCCCUUGUCGCGCUAUUUCUCAAGCACCCCGUCAUGAAUUUCAACCAACCCGACGAAAAUGGAUGGACAGGGUUCAUGCAUGCGUGCAACGAUGGCCACAAGGACAUCAUGCAGAUGCUUUUGCUGCACUUGGGCGUAGAUAUCAAUCGUACGGGACUGCGUGGCAUGUCUGGGUUCCUCCUUGUGUGCAAGAACGGCGACAUGGACUUGAUCUGCAUGCUCUUGGACCAUCCGUCCGUGGUCGUGACGCAAGAAAACGAGGACAACUGGACUGCAGCCGACUUUGUGUCGCGGAAAUUGCACUGCGCGGCCCAUGGCGAUCCAAAGGAAAAUGAACAAAUUGUGGCGCUGAUCGGCCGAAUCCUCGCUCGAGGGGGUUCAGUAAAGCAUGCCAUGUCGACGCUCGAGUGCCGUGGUGAAUGCAAGGGCGCCGUGAUGAACUUGGCGGAAUGGGCUCACGAAAAGCGGUGGAAAGACAUUGCAACCCAGCUACGACAGGGAUAUUUUGGCGAUAUCAACAUGCCAUAUCGAGGCGGUCGGCUGCUGGAUCGAUGCAGCAAAGCUGGCCAGCACGAACUGUUGGCGCUUGUACUGCAGCAGCCUCAUGUGCACCUUGACUUUGUCAACUACGAGCGUCAUUCUGCGCUCGAUGUCGCAGUUUCGCACAAGCACGUAGACUGCGUCAAGCUGCUACUGGCCGCUGGGGCCAGUACCAACCAAGACAACAUGUCGACGCUGCGGCACUUGCGGCACGGACCGAAGAACGCGGCGAUGGCAGCGGAGAUCAAGCAAGUGGUUGAGAUCGAAGAGAAGCGGCGGAAGGACUUUCCGUUGCAUUGCAUGCUUCAGUUCCGGCAGCACGACGCGUUCAAAGACGCUGUGCAGGCUAGCCAUGUAUCGCUGAACCGUCCCAACCUCAAUGGCCAAACGGUCCUCAUGUUGGCGGCCGAACAAGGCCUGAUCGACACUGUCAAAUUGCUCGUCCAACAUGGAGCGGACCUCGACAUUCGCCAAGGAGACGAAGACAGCGAGAUUCUUUCGCAACGGGGCUCCAUCGUAUCGGUGAAAUCCACGGAUCAUCACCCCCAUCGGGAAGGGGAUGGCCGAACGGCGCUCAUGUACGCCGCCAGUCGCGGCCAUCAAGACGUGGUGGAACUGUUGCUGGACUUUUUGGCCGAAGUUGACCACGUUGAUCGAGACGGCAAAACCGCGUUGAUGUUGGCAGCCGAGAUUGGGUCCGAAGGUGUUGUCAAGACGUUGCUUGCGCAUGAGGCCGAUAUCGAUAUGCAGCAGACGACCGUCGACGACGACGGCAUUCAAAACAAGACCGCGUUGGCGAUCGCAGCCACCGCCGGCCACCACGAAGUUGUCGAAGUCUUGCUGGAACAUUUGGCCGACACAGACAUGGUGUACUACAUGGAUGGUGUCGAGUACACCGUGGACGAGCUCGUCAAGAGGAACCUGCACCAGAGUGCCACUUUGUCAACAGUACCAUCGUCGCUGCGCAACAAUUGGCGGACUUGUCUCGAUUUGCUCAAGAAAGAAAUGACAUACCGCGCCAACUCGACCGUGUACGUGGAAAAGCUACGGUCCAAGUUUCAGGCGCUGACGGAAGACGAACCGUUCGAUGAAGUUCUGUUCCGUCGAGCGAUCAAGGCCGAACCGAGCCUCGGGCGUCUCUUUCUCACCGACUGCCUCCGAGUCGAACGCCACGAGCUGUCGUUUUCCAAGCUCGAAUUGAUUUACGGCAUCGGCGACGACGUCCAAACGUCCGCGUUGCACGCGUUGCUCCAUCUCGAGUCCGACAAUGCCGACUACAUGUUUCGAGCCAAACAGUUGCUCGAACAUGUUGUGUUUCGCCGGAUCUUGGCGUUGAAAUGGGAGUUCUUUGCCCAGCGUCUGUUUGUGGAGCAAAUCAUGUCGUACGUGGUGGUCUUGAUCUCAAUGUCGAUUUCCGUGACGCUGCACAGCCAAUCCGACGUGUCGAUGUUUCCAACAGAAAUCGGGAUUUUCACCAUCACGCUAGUGUUUGCGGUCGUCGGGUUUGGCGCGGUCCAGCUCCUCCGGCCAAAGCCGCUCUGGCUUCUCGCGCGGUUCCUGCACGAUGGCAAGUUGAAGUUUGAGCCAAUGCUGACGAUCCCCAACUUGUCAGCGCUCAAAGUUCGAGCGAAGUGGUGCAUCGUGCUACUUGGGGUCGUGGGGACGUUGGUGGUGUCGAUUCCACUCCUCUUGGUGGUGCUCCCCAUGAUCGACGACAACAGCGAAGGUGUGGUGGGGUGGGUUGUCAACGGCACGUUGUGGCUCGCAGUGUGUUACUUUGUUGAACUCGAAUGGCGGGAGUUUCAAGGUGACAACGGAACGUUCUGGGCCAAAGCGUCCAAGUACUUCAAAUCAAAUUUCAAUUGCGCCCAGGUCGUGGCGUAUAUGUUGGUGCUACUUGUGUACGUGCCCCACGAGCUCAAGCUCAUGGCCGUCGUCGACGACAAGCUCGUGCUAUGCCUCGGCUGCCUCUUGACCCUCGGGCUUUGGAUUCUCUCGCUCCAGUACGUGGCAGUAUUUCGCACGGGCGGGUACCUCCUUCCCAUGAUGUCGGGCAUCCUCCAGGACGUGUGGAAUUUUGCCACAUUUUUCGCUGUCUUUCAGCUUGGGCUCACUUGUGUGUUUUACCAAUUGUUUCACAACAACCGCGAUGUGUCGGGGUACGAGUCGUUUUUCCAUGCAUUUUGCACGACGUUUUUCGUGCUUUUUGGGCAGUUCAAGAUGGAGACGUGGGAUUCGGACUCGGUGUUGAUGGCGGAUCCUAUCAUCUUUGCUUUCUCGAUCGUGCUUGUCCUCUUCCAUGCCUGUGUUGUGACUGUCAUUUUGAUGAACGUGCUGCUCGCGACGGUCAACAAGACUGUGGACCGCGGCCUAGUCACGUCCAAGGUGGAAGCGCUGUGGAGCUAUGCCGAAUGCAUCCUGCGACUGGAAGUGACUCUCGACCCGGACCAGCAAAAAAUGAUGGCGUUCAUCGAUAUCCCACCGCUGGGCGAGCUUCCCACUUCGUACGACACAAAAGAAGCGACGCCGCUCGUCCCGUCGUCCAUGAUGACGUCGGUGCGCUCCAAUUCGUGGCAAUAUGGCGGGGUGCUCAACCCUGCGUUCAGCGAAAAAGUUUCCAAGGCGGCACUGGGCGCGGAAACCCUCCAGGCAACCAAGGAUGUUGAAGAACACGUCAAGAUCUGGGACGAGUGUGUCAACGACCUGGAAACGUCGACACUGGACGAACUCGAAACUGUGAUGGGGCUCUUACAACGAACGUCGCACUUUACCACGUCGCCGUACCACCAAGAGCUGACGUGCAUGUCGGACGCGAUUCCCAAAGUCAUGCAUGUGUUUAUGGAUGCCAAGAAGAAACGCGCGCCGACGGCCCAAACCAAGACGAACCGCAUCCAACAACUGCACAAAAAGGUCCACCGCGAACUCAUGUUUUUGAAAACCCAGCUGUCGAAACUCCCCCAUCGACCGACGGCCACCAUGUUCUACCAAGUCGUGCAUGGGGUUCGGUUCAACGAGUCCUUGGCCAACUGCAUUGCGGCCAUCCAACGCCACUUUGACGACGUCGUCGACAAAUUGUCGAUGGCCCAAGAGCAGAACGUGUCCGACUUGAGUCUUCAACUCGAGGAAUCUAACCAACAAACGACGACGCAGCUCGAGAGCCAUUCAAGUGCUCUGCGAGAAGUUGACGUCAAGGUUCAAGCGAUCUUGCAAAUCGAUCAGGCCAUGCGAGACCAGCAAGGCGAAACACAGGCGCAGUUGCUGUUGCUGCAGCAACACGUCGCGCAGCAGCAGCAGCUCCUUGAGUCCAUGGCAGAGGCGAUGGCAAGCCUUUCUUCCACGGUGCGUUCGCUGCAGCGACCUCGCUACAGUCGCAGCGCCGCAUCGAGACGACGGCUUCACGUGCCCGUCACCAACGUGUGA